GAAUCCAAAAUUCUUAAAGUUUCCUUUCUUAAUCGGAGUAGCUUCCCUGCUGGUUUUGUUUUUGGAACGGCAUCCUCUGCAUAUCAGUACGAAGGUGGGGGUAGAGAUGAUGGUAAAGGACCAAGCAUAUGGGAUACUUUUACCCAAAAACACCCAGAAAAAAUAAAAGAUAGGAGCAAUGGAGAUGUAGCAGUUGACGAAUAUCAUCACCACAAGGAAGAUGUAAGGAUUAUGAAGGAUAUGAAUUUAGAUGCCUACAGAUUUUCAAUCUCUUGGUCAAGAAUACUACCAAAGGGGAAUCUAAGUGGAGGGAUAAACCAAGAAGGGAUCAAGUAUUACAACAAGCUCAUCAACGAAUUAUUGGCUAAUGGGAUGACGCCGUUUGUGACACUUUUUCACUUUGAUCUUCCUCAAGGGUUGGAUGAUGAGUAUGGUGGCUUCUUAAGUCCUCGCAUUGUGAAAGACUACGUGGAUUACGUGGAAGUAUGCUUCAAGGAGUUUGGGGAUAGAGUGAAGCAUUGGAUCACAUUGAAUGAACCAUCGGGUUAUAGUACGGGUGGCUAUGGUGACGGAACUGAGGCUCCCGGCCGCUGCUCUUCUUGGCUAAACCCUAAUUGCUCCGAUGGCGACUCCGGUACCGAGCCCUACUUGGUUUCUCACUAUCAGAUUCUUGCUCAUGCUUCUGCCGUUCGACUCUACAAGACCAAAUAUCAGGAAUCUCAAAAGGGCUUGAUAGGCAUAACAUUGGCGGCCCAUUGGUUCGUACCUUAUUCGCAACAGCAAUCCGACCGACAUGCCACGUCACGAGCCCUUGAUUUUAUGUUAGGAUGGUUUAUGGAGCCGAUAACAAUAGGGAAAUACCCAAAAAACAUGCAAAGUCUGGUGGGAAGAAGAUUGCCAAAGUUCACAAAAGAAGAAAGAAGAAUUGUGAGAGGCUCUUUUGAUUUUGUGGGCAUAAAUUACUACACUUCUUAUUAUGCCUUCCAUGCUCCCAAACCCAACGCCUCUCAACCUAACUACUUCACUGAUUCUCGUGUCAACCAUACUGGUGUGCGCAACGGUAUCCCCAUUGGUCCAAGGGCUGCUUCAGAAUGGUUGUAUGUUUAUCCAAGAGGAAUUAAGAACUUGUUGCUCUACAUCAAGGCUAAGUAUAACAAUCCCUUGAUUUACAUUACUGAAAAUGGUGUGGAUGAGUUAAAUAAUCCAAAACUGCCACUUGAGGAAGCCUUGAUAGAUACUUUCAGAAUUGAUUACCAUUACCGACAUCUUCAUUAUCUUCGAUCUGCAAUCAAGGAUGGCGUCAAUGUAAAGGGAUACUUCGUAUGGUCGUUGUUGGACAAUUUUGAAUGGUCUACUGGCUACACGGUUCGUCUUGGGAUCAACUUUGUUGAUUAUAAGAACCACUUGAAAAGAUACCACAAACUCUCCGCUCUGUGGUUCAAGAAUUUCCUUCAAUAA